AAACGACUGUUCUGUGCUCUGUCUUUCUGUUUCUUUGCUGUGCUUGACGAUUCACACUACUUGAUUAAGAGUUUUAUUGCGAUAGUAUGGCAUUCAGAUCCGCGCAGACCGCAGCAAUUGAUCUCUCCAACGCGGCCUUGGUCGUGAUUGACAUGCAAGAACAGUUCAGACACACCGCAGCUGAUCUCUGCCCUGUUCUGAUCCCUCUCAUCGAAGACUUCAUCGCCCGCGACAAACCCGUCUUCUUCACCCAACACGGCCACGUCAUCGCAUCCGACACCUCCGAGCUCGUUCGCUGGUGGGGCAAGCAAGGCUCGAUCGAGCAAUACUCGCCCGCCUGGCAAAUGAUGCGCGAGCUUGAACCGCUGUCCUCCAUCCACGCGUCAAAUAUCCAUCGGCUGCUGAACAAGGACCGCUACGACGCGUUCAUGCAUACCGAUCUCGAACUGCUCUUGCGCGAGGCAAUGGUCGAUGCUGUGGUUAUUACUGGGACGAUGACGAAUCUAUGCUGCGAAACGACCGCGAGGUCGGCGUUUAAUAGGGACUUUUACGUUUACUUCCCCGAGGACGGGAACGCGACGUUGAACGCCGAGAUGCAGGAGGCAAGUUUGACAAACCUGCGCUAUGGAUUCGCUCAAAUAACGACCGUCAAAGCCAUGCGUGACGCUCUUUGAUCGCCAACACUCUCAACUUCAAUGGAU